AUGCCUCUAGGGCCAUUUGGAGAAGUGGUCGGUACCACUGGUACCCUAGAGGCCCUGGGUCCAGAGGCUACGAACUACAAGAGCAAAGUCAUUGCUCCUAGGAAUCCAAAACUGUUGAAGCCGGGAGAUGAGGAAGGACAUAAGAUGACCCCGAGCAAGUUUCUGUUUGACAUGCAAAUGGAUACAGAGCAGAAGCUGGCCAAUACACACUACAUGAAAAUACCAAGGAAAAUAGAUUUGUUGGAUAUGGCUGACACCAGCUUACAAAGGUUCUCACAAGUCAACAUUGAUGAACCGAUGUUCCAGCCUUACCCAUCAGAAAUAUUUUUUCAGAACUUCAAGCCCUUUGAUGUGUAUGAAGUGCCACUGAUUUUGAGAAACAAUGAUAAGGUUCCUCGCCUGGUCAAGGUCACACAGGCUGAUUCACCCUACUUCAAGGUCAUCAGUCCACAUGAUGUGGGACACAAAGUUGGACCAGGACUCCCCACAACCUUCAAAGUACAAUUCACACCUGAUGAGAAAAAGGACUACAACCAUGAGUUGGUCUGUAUUACUGAACGUGAAAAGUUCAUUGUUCCUGUCAAGGCGAUUGGAUCACGAGCUAUACUAGACUUCCCAGAUAACAUUGUAUUUCCUGCAGGACCAGUCAAAAAUACAAUGAGCAGGACACUUCUGAUACGAAACAUCGGAAAUAAAGAAGCCAAAUUUACUCUCUCCGUAGACAAACCAUUUGCAGUUAGCCCAGAGAUAGGUACACUUCCAGUGCAGGACAGCAUGCAAGUGACAGUGGAGUUUAACCCCAAAAAGACAGGUGACCACAUCAAAGAUCUCAACCUACAUUACCAUACAGGGGAAGAUGUAUUGAUAGCUCUUCAUGGGCAAGCCCAGGAUGGAAAUGUGCGAUUGGAUAAAAACUCGCUUAGGAUUGAAAACACUUUCAUAUCCAUGGCCAAUGAGAGAACCGUGACUAUACACAACAGGACAGAUGUGAUCUCUCACUUCCGCUGGACACAGUUUGCUACACAGGAAGAGGAAGACCAGCAGAAGCAAAGGUUGACGAGCACAUUGACAUUAGAAGAGCAGUCGGAUACAGAGAAAUUUCUCCAGGAGUGUGUCCAGGACCCAACUCUUCGUGACAAACUUUCCAUACUUGGAAGGACUUUUCAGAAUAGGAGAAUGUUGGUGGAAAAAGACAACAUGCUAUUUAACGAUGAUGUGGUUAAAGUUGAACCAGUUGAAGGAGACAUUUGGCCAAACUCAAGCUUUGAAGUCAAUGUUAUAUUCAAGCCAAGAGAAGCCCAAAGCUACACACGUACUGCCUUUUGUGAUGUCACUGGAAGGGAAAGUCGACUGCCCUUAAGGAUUCGUGGUGAUGGUGUUGGACCUAGUGUUCAGUUCUCGUUUGAAUCUUUAGACAUGGGCAACAUCUUCAUUGGCUCUAAGCACACUUACGAAGUUGUGUUGGCAAACAAAGGUGAUAUAGACGCUAUCUACAGUGUGAUGCCAAACUCCAGCAUCUUUGGACCCUGUUUUACCUUCAAUCCUUCAGAAGGUAUUGUGAUGCCUGGUGGCCAUCAGGCUAUCCAUAUCUCCUUCUCGAGUCCAUACCUUGGAGACUUCCAGGAAACAUUUCAGUUCCAAAUAGAUGGUCAGCCAGAGAUACUGGAGGUCCAAUUCAGUGGUUCUGUGAUUGGACCAACCUUUCAGUUCAAUGUCCCGAAGCUGAAGUUUGGUGUUAUAUCAUAUGGAUUCCUCAAUACCCAGACAUGUAUGCUACAAAACACCUCCCUGGUGCCCAUGACUUUCCACCUUAGAGUGCCAGCAGAUGGCAGCACUAACAGUAUCUGUUGUACAAGUGACCUUGACAAUGGUACUCAGUUGCCAAGGCCAGGUGUGGGACCUCCAAAGGAGUUUGAGAUCAUCCCUGCCUCUGGCACCCUUCAACCACAAAGUGAGAUCAAGGUUACCGUCAACUUCAUUUCCAACACAAUUAAGAAGUAUGAGAUGACUAUGGUUGUGGAUGUAGACAAUGUUGGAGAGGAGAUCUUGUCACUGCCGAUUCAUGCUAAAUGUAUCGUGCCCAAUAUAUCUGUGCUGAGCCCAAUGCUGGACUAUGGUCGUUGUUUCCUGAGACAUUCCUACGAACACAGUGUGAAGCUCCAUAAUGACACAGAUCUACCUGCCAAAUAUGAGUUGAUGGGACAGCAUGUACACAGUGACACGCCCAUCACUUACAAAAGCCCUAAACCUAAGGGAAUUGUGGAGCCACACUCACUCUGUGAGGUACCCAUCAUUAUACAAGCUGAGAUGUUGGAGGAACAGCAGGUUAUCUCCUAUUUCAACAUAUUUGGAAGUCCAGAUCCACCAUUGUCAGUACAAAUGAGCUGUACAGGAGAGGGACCUGUGGUACAUAUCUUUCCUAUGGAUAUUGAUUGGAAUGUUAUCCCAGUACUGACCGACGUCCCCAUGAAAGUCACCCUGUCUAACGAAUCCCUUAUUCCAGCAAAGUUCACAGCACACAUGGUUAGACACAAAUCAGUAUUCCGUGUAGAACCUGCACAAGGAGAAAUCCCUGCCGAACAGACACUACAGCUUACAGUUACAGCUAACCUCAAUGAUUGUGUGAGGUUCCAGGAUAAGUUGCAAGUUAAUUUUCUGGAAAGUCAGGUACGAUUCCUGCCCCUGACUGCGUAUGGACAAGGAACUACUAUUGUGUCUGACCCUCCACUCACUCCUCACCUCAACCUUGGACCAAACUUUAGUAACCGUCCCCUCCAGAAGACUUUCACAUUGACUAAUAAGAGCCGUCGUCACCAACAGCUGGUCUGGAGUAUGGAUGGAUUUGGUCCUAUUGCCAAGGCUAAAAAAGAAAUGGCUUCAUACAAUGCUUUGGACAUGAAGUUUAAGAACACCCCUCCACCUCCAGAACCUAGACGGCCAAUAUUCAAGCUGAACCCCAACAGAUUUGACCUGCCACCAGGUGCCAGUAUGGACAUGCAUAUAGAGGGAAUGGUGGACAGUCCUCAGAAUGUGAAAGAAAGACUCUUGUGUCACGCCAUUAUUGGGCGUCAAGGUGGGAAGGAAUUGAUCAUGAGAGUGGAUGUAUCAGCUGACUUCAUCAGUCCAUUGUUAGAGUUCUCAACUAAAGCUGUCUACUUCAGAGUGGACAAGAAGCCAGAGGAAGAAUUAUCACUCCAGAUGAGAGAUCUCAAUAUGAGGAAUGUGUCCACCUUGCCUUUGUCCACUGGUCUCAAGUUACAGUAUCCCUUUCAGAUCAUACUAGAGGAUGGUUCAGUGACUUCUGAAACGGAACUUAGACUUGAUGUCAAUGAAGAGUACACACUCAAGAUUCAGUUUGACCCAGCUUAUAAAGAUGAUCUCCACAUACGAACUAUUGAUGAGAUUCUACAUGUCACUUACCAGGAACAUCCUCACAUAGACUAUAUAGCACUGAGAGGUGAGGUUUACUUUCCUAACAUUGACUUUGAAAAGACAGUGGUGGACUUUGGGUGUAUUUUGAAUGAUACUGAGGUAACUCGGUACGUCAACAUUACCAACAACAGUCCCAUGGAAGUGAAGUACCGAUGGUCAUUUUUGGUGGAUAAGGAACCAAAUGUAGUCAUCAGACACCCUCCCAAACCUGUGGUGAUGUUGCUCCAGAUUAACGAGACAGAAGAGUCUGCUGCGGAGGUCCAUCCAGAGAUUGCUGUUCUUAUACAAGAGCCAUCACAGACACAGCUUGAGGAGGAAGAAGAGGUCAAAGAAGAGGAGGAGGAAAAGGCCGACCUAGAACCCACAAAAGUUUGCAGCAGUAUUCAUGGUGAUGCGGAGGAUCUUCAGAAGGAUCAAGAAUCUGACCGCUCAUUUGACAACAAGGCCACAGAGGAACACCAGUCCAGCUUCCACUCACAGGAAGACGAGAGUCUGAAAGCUGUUGAUAGUGAUGAUGACAGACCAGAAAAAGGCCAGCUAGAGCAGCAGGAGGCCCCAGAGGGAGGCAUUGAUAAAAACCAAAUGGAUGGACUACGUCUGAGUUUGACCUCCCUCCGUGAUAUCGCCAUUGAUGAAGAUCCUCUCCAGACGAAUCGUGCACUAAGUGCCCUGUUAGAGAAUGACCGAGAUGAAACCCCAGUGGGAGUUGAAGAGGUGUUUGACAUCCUGCCUCUGUACGGUAUACUUCAGCCUGGAGACACAGAACAAGUGACUAUGACCUUUUACGGGCAUGCAGAUAUCUGGGGGGAGACAAAGGCAAUUUGUGAAGUAGAAGGAGGUCCUGUUUAUGAACUUAUCCUUAAAGGAGAGGCUUCCUUGGUUGAUUAUAAAAUAGACUGCAAGGAGAUUGACUACGGAAAGCAGAUGUAUGACCAUGUGGCUUCAGCAGAAAUAACUCUUUGCAACAGUGGAAAAGUUGGUUUUGAUUUUUGUGCCAUGGGGAUGGACCCAACAUUGGCUAAAAAACCUGCUCCUGGCGUUCCUAUAAUGGUUCCUCAUGCUGGCUUUGUUGAACCAAUGUCAGAGCAGAAACUGGUCAUCAAGUAUCUACCAGGGGUGCCAGAAGUUUUCUCCAAAACAUUCCACAUCCAGGUGGCACACUUCCAACCAGACAAGAUUUGUAUCCAAGGAGAGGGUGUGUUCCCACGAAUAUCUCUGGAUCUUCCACGUACUGUUGACCCUGAGGGACAUUACCAGGAAACAGUGCGCCAAGCUAAGGAGAAUUUAUACAGUGGCAAAGCAGGACAAAAACUACCGACAGAACGCCCACAGAGUGGUCUUCCCUCUUCACAAAGAGUACCAGGGGAUCCCCUUAUGACACAGGACAUCCCCACUCAGCCACCAGAGCUGGAUGUGCAGAUGGAGUUUGAAAGGCUGACAGUCAAAGAGUUUGCCUUGGACAUGCAGCAAAUCCAAACGGCUCGAAUGAAUGCCGGUCAGGACACCACCCCGCCGGACAGCAAUGAGACUCGGGAGUCUACAGACACUGAAGGAAGGCCAAAGCGUAAAAAAGUCAAACCUAAGUUGCCAGAGUACCUGUUAGAUUUUGGCUAUGUGGUGUUAGGAACAGUCAGGACUCACAUCGUACGGGCAACAAACACCGGCUGGUUCCCCACUUCCUUCCAGGUGGAGCGAGAGGAUAUUCAUCAUUUUGGAUUCCAUGUAGAGUUGGACCGGGUCAGGAAUCUGCCAGGAUCACCUGAUCAUGAAACAGUUGACUUUGUUGUCAGCUUUGAUCCCAGAGGCGCCAAUCUGUCAGAAGGAUCUGUGGAAACUGUUGUUCCCAUCAAUAUCAUCAAUGGACCAGUGAUUCAAAUUCGAUUGCGGGCCAAGGUGACAAUGCCGGACAUGGAGAUCUCUGAUGAUACGUUAGAAUUUAAUGAAACGAAGUGUGGUGAAUGUAAAGUGAUCACUAUACAGCUUCAUAAUCACCAACAAGUGAAGUGUGAGUGGAACUCACUGCCUGCUGACAAAGACAGUAAAAAGAUUGACAAACAUGUCCCGAUGCACUUACGACGUAAGAUGAAACAAGAAAAGCAGAAGCCACGCCAUUUUGAGAUCAUGCCAGCAACAGGUACUCUUGUACCUGGUCAACGACAAAAUGUUCAAGUGAAGUUUAUGCCCACUGAAGAGAAAUAUUAUGAGCAGCGUAUCCUCAUUAGGAUUGCCCAGAGUAGCCAACGUAUUCUGCUGCUCUGCCGUGGCCAGGGUCGUGAGCCUCACCUAGACUUUGACAGAAACAUGGUGGAGUUUGGUCCAAUUCUCCCCCACAGUACAGGCGAUGAACAAGACAUCAUUAUCAGAAAUCCUUGUAGUUUCCCAAUAGAAUUCUACAACUUAGAGUUUGAUUCUAAUUAUCUGGAAGAAGAAAAGAUACUGCGCCUCAUGAAGGGAUACGAUGAAAUGAAUACCAUCUUACUUCCACCCCGUGGACCCUCAGAAAAACUGCCUCCUGAACUCACUGAAUAUUAUGAUGAGCAAAUGAAGAAGUUGGAGGAACUGGAACGCAUCAGGAGGGAGGCAGAGGAGUCAGCAGCAGAGGCUGCACGUCUAGAGGUAGAAAAAGAUGGAGAGAGUGGAGAUGGUGAUGGGCGAGGCGAAGAGUCUGAGAUUAAGACUGAUGGAGCUGUAGGUACUGCUGCUGGCUCACGACCACCCUCCAUUGUCGAGCCUAUUGACAUUGAGGACAGACUGAAGAAGGAGGAAGAAAGUGAAGCACGGUCCACUAGUGCCCUUGGAGUCGGUGAACUUGAGAUCACACCAGUGUCAGCCGCCAUUGCCCGACAUCUUGGAAUAGAUUUGACACCCGAAGGAACAGCGGCACGUAAUCGAAGAGGAAUAGCAGUGAUUGUCCAUGGCGCACCCAUGUCUGGCAAAACCGUAACGGCUGUGGCACUCGCUAGAAAGUAUGAGGCUGCAAUACUGACGAUAGACCAGGUUGUCCUGGAUGCUAUCUCGACGGGAACAAAGUCAGGCAUGCGCGCCCGUGAAAUGUGUCAGGAAGCUGCUCGUAAGAGAGCUGAGGAGUUGAAGUUAAUGGAGGGUGAGGAGCUGGAAAAGAAGCCAGGUGGAGGUCUGAGUGUUGAAGCGGUUACUGCCCACACACAGGGAACUACUAGCACAGCAGCCGUGUCACAGGCUCACUCCGUCGUGUCCAAUCGUAAGACUAGCACUGUUUCAGAUGUGAAGGGCAAGGACAAGCAUCAUGGUGGCAGCGUAGCUGGAGCAAAAACUGGCAUCAACACCUCAUCUAUUGAUGGAGCUACUGGCAGUCAGGUGCCAAGCUCCCCGCUUCCUUUAGCUGCACCCAUUGCGCGUCGCUUGAGUGUUAGUGCCAGUGUAGCCGGUGAAGAGGGUUUGAUGAGCUGCGUCCUACCUGAGGAUCUCUUGGUAGACAUCAUCUCGGAGAGAUUACAGCUAAAUGACUGCCAUCGUGGAGUUGUACUGGAUGGCCUUGAAACUUUGUUCGCUCAGAAUAUCCAAACUGCUGCCAAUGUUAUCUUGAAGGCUCUGAACAAUAGACGUUUCAUAUACUUCAUCACACUUAAACUUGACUACAGUGUCCUUAAAGAGCAGGAAAAGAAAGCCCAGGAGGAGAAUGAUCGUUUGGCUAAAGAAGAGGAAGGAAAAGACAGAAUGAGACUUGAAGAGAUGUCAGAGGAUGAGUAUGAUGCUCUACCUGAGAAGGAGAAAGCUGCUGUUGACAUGAAAAGACUGGACAUGAAGAAGGAGAGAAUCAGGAAGGAGAAUGAAGAACGUAUGGAACGUGAUCGUUUGGAGCGAGAAGCUGCUGAAGCAGAGGCACGGAGACUUGAAGAAGAAAAGCCCAAGAAGAAGGGUAAAAAAGGUCCUGAGAAACCUAAGGAAGAGCCAGCCAAGGAUGGUAAAAAAAGUGUGGCUGCUACAGGUAAAACAGGCAGUACAGACCGUGUACAGAAAUCUCAGGGAGGUCCCAAACCCCACGACAGUGACCACCCAGUCAGCAAGGCUGGAUCCAGUGUUACUGAUCGGCCUGAGUCCCAUCAAACAGAGAAGAGUGACACAGUACUGGACGAUGGGAAGAAAGGUAAGAAAGGCAAGGAUGGCAAGAAACCUGGUGAUGGAAAGGAAAAGUCGGACAAGGAGAAAGGAGAAAGCGAACCAGAAGUUUUGUGUGAUCCUCUCAAAGAAUCUGAAAUCUUGCUCAUGCAACGAUUCCGUACAGUUGAACAUGCCAGCAAGGAGAUAGGUGACCUCAUAGAAUUCUGGGACAGAACAACACUUGGCAUCAAACGACCACCUACACCAUCGGAAAAGUCUGAAGAAGAUGGACAACAUCACCCACCAUCUGGCAAGAAAGCCAAAGGAAAAGAUAAACAUGACAAACAAGAGAAAGAGAAGGAAAAGGAAAGACAGAAACAGAUCGAAAAAGAAAACGCUGAAAGAGCUGCCAAAGAGGCAGCAGCAGCUACACAGCAGGGAGAACCAGCAGAUGGAGAAGUUGCUGAGGAAGCUACCAAGGAGGAGGAUGGAUCUGGUAUCCCCCACCUUCAGAUAGACUGCUCAGAUAAAGCUAUUACACCCUUUGACAAACUCAUGGCUUUACAGAAACUGCCAAGUAUGAAUGAGGUCCUUGAUGGAAUUGGACUUGGCCCCAAAGGUCCACCAAUUCCACCUUCAGCCACAUUUGCUGUUGUGCCCUACCCUGUGAAAAGGAAAGCUCCUCCUGUAUCUGAGUUUGGUGGACGUUACAUAUUUGUUGCUUCAUCCCCAGAUGAUCCCAAUGUUGGUAUCUUGGAUUCUAAGGAUCCUGAACCAGAGGAAGAGAAGUCAGUUACUCCUGACAAAGAUCUCACAACUCCAACCAAAGGCAAGUCAGGCAAGACCGACAAGUCUGGAGGCAGGGAGGACAAGAAAGGCGAGAGGAAGAAGAGUGCAGAGAGGAAACAAACAUCCAAGACAACAUCUCGACGCAAUUCAAUGCAGGUUCCAUCGCCUCCCCCCGGAGCUGCCACUCCAGUAUCUGACUUGGACAGCACUACCGGGGAAGGGUUUGGUGUAGCUGAUGCCAAAACACCUAAACUGUCAAUCUUUCGAUGGAUUGUCCCAGCCAAUGGGGAAGUAACUCUGCGUCUGCGAUUCCAGUCAGAAGAGCUUGGCCAAUUUGACCAGACACUUAACUUUGAAAUUGUCGGAACUCGACGAAGAUACCAACUGUACUGCCGUGGAAUAUGUGCUUUUCCUUCCAUUAGCAGAGAACCAAGAAUUGUGUUCCCAAGUCGUAAGAAGAGCAAGAAGUCCGAUGAAAUCGUACAUAAGAAGUAUAUCCUGUCUUCAGACACCUUCGAGUUUGGUCCUCUGCUUAUCAUGAAAUCUAGAGAAAGGUACAAGGAGGGCCGUUAUCCGGAGAACAUGGAGAAAUUAGUGGUAAACAAUACCUCGCCAUUAGAGGCAGAUAUCAGCUUUUGUUUCCAGCAUGACAGUAAGGGGGAGACAUUCCUGCUAGAUCCACCUAACAUGACACUAAAACCCGGUGAUACUCAAACACUCACCAUUUGGGCUUACCCACGCUCUCCGGAGGUAUAUGAAGAUGCGAUUGUUUGUUGUAUAAGAGAAAAUCCAGAACCUGUCGUCUUUAAAGUUACCUGUGUUGGAGUGAAGGCUGAACUGGAGUUGGACAAAAAAGCACUGCACUUUGAGAAAGUGCUUCUACACAGGAAAGAUACAAAGACAAUCUAUUUGAGGAACAGCACUAUGUUACCCGUACGAUGGAAACUCAGCCUGCUGGAAAACCUUGGUGAUGAUUUCACAGUGGCUGCUGACAACGGAGUGGUAGAACCUCGAUCUGAAUACCCACUCCAUUUUUAUUUUAGAGCCAUGAAACCUGUACAAAGUGCUCGCAAGAUGAUAAGAUUGGAGAUCUACGACGUGGAUGAGAUAUUUGGCAUGUUCAGCACAGAGAACAUUACGGUGACUGCUGAGGCCUAUGAUAUAGCUCUGGACAUGAGUUUUCCCAAAGUAUGUUGUAAAAAUGAUUCUGUAUCUACAGGGGCUGACGGUGGUUUAGAUUUUGGAACAAUCAGGGUUGGAGAAGAACAGAAACAACAAUGUACACUGAAAAACAGAGGAAAAUAUGAAAUACAAUAUCAGUUUGACCUUGAGGACUGUGAUCUUGACAAUCCAAAUGCAUCAAAACUGUUCACCAUUAUCCCACAGAAGGGUAGUUUGAGUCCCCUAGACAGGCCGACCCAGGUUACCGUCUUGUUUAAGUCCAUGAAGGAAGUCCAUAUCAAGGACCAGGCCAUCCUCAAAUGUCUUGUAAUCGAGCCAAAUGUGGCUGAAGGAGGGGAGAUCAUAGCAAGCAUUCCUGUCAAAGUCACAGUCAAGGCCGGAUUUAAUAAAUACAACAUAUUACCCAUGAAUGACAUCAACUUUGGUUCAAUGAUAGUCAAUAGCAAGAAGACUCGUCAGUUUGUUAUCCAAAACAAGGGCGAGUUUGACAUGAAAUACACCAUAGUUAAGAUGAUUAAGGAGACACAGCAGUCACAGACUCGUCAUGCUCGUCCCCCUAUUAAGGACAAUAAACGGAGCAAGUCACGGGACGGCUCUAGCUCCGGGCGGUCAGUCGCCAGACCAAAGAAGGCCGACUCCGUGAGACAGGAGGGUGUGACUCAGUCCCGCCUGCCUCUACAGAUGUUUGUAGUAUCACCAGCCAUUGGAAUGAUCUCCUGUAAUAACAGCCAGGUGAUCAACGUGGAGUGUAUAGCUGAGACCCCAGGCAGCUGUGAGGAGGAGUUGGCUAUAGAUAUAUCUGACCGAGAUCCUAAUGACCAUCCUGGUGGUAUCCCGUACAAACUCAUCGCAGAAGCAUGCAUUCCCUCCAUCAAUGUAGAUGACAUUGGCUCAAUCUUUGAGGAACACAGAGUCUGCAAGAACUUGAGCAUUUGGCAGCAUAACAACCAGGUAAUGUCUAUGGAAAAUGAAGGUGGAGUGUAUGGAGAAGAUGAGAAGAAGUUUGUGUUCAAUAACGUGAUAGUUGGUCACAAAGCAACAGCCCGAUUCAAGAUUGCUAACGUGAAUAAAGUUCCCUGUGAUGUGGUGAUGUCACUGAAGCCCAUCCUUGUAAAGGGAAUGACCAAACACCUGGAUGUGUUUGAGAUUGAGCCAGCGAAGGCUUUAAUCCCGAACCACAGUCAUGUGUAUGCUACAGUCACCUUCACCCCUCCAUCUAUGCAGACAUUUUCAGCAACGUUUGAGGCCAGCAUUGAAGGCGUGCCAUCCAACCAAGCCAAGGGGCGAACUUUGACCUUUGACAUCUCAGGUGAAGGCAACCUGCCUCGUAUCAGUAUACAGAAACCUACUGUGAGGAACAAGAGGGGACAACCUUUGGUUCUGUUUAAACGGAUAUUAUUAGGAAGAAGCGAUGUGAUGCCACUGAUCCUCGUCAACGAUGGAACUCUGCCUAGCAAGGUAGAUAUUGACCUUAUAGAUCCAGACAAGGCCUUCCAGCUGAGACCAAGGGGAUCCACACAGGCAGUCAUGGAGGACGACUUUGGAGAGGUCACCAAGCGCCCACACACUGCCUCUGUUAUUGUCAAUGUCAACGAGGCAGCCUCCUUUGAUGUCAUCUUCAAACCUAUUGCUGUGCAAAGGUCCCAGGCUCACAUUCGCUUAACUGUGAUUGACAACCAGUAUGAAGAUUCUGUCAUCCAGCUGGUAGGAGAGGGCUAUGAGGAGGAGGUAACUCUUGAUAACAUAAUGAGUGUUGAGGUUCCAGUAGAACCAGAAAAUGAGGAAGGCAAUAUGGCAGAGGAUGAUGUAGGAGCUGCCAAACCAAACUUGAUCAAGUUUGGUGACUGUGCCAUUGGAGAACCUCGUACACUUUCUUUUGCUAUGACCAACCAUUCCAAAACUGAUAUUUACCGUUUCCAAUGGCCAGAAAAUGCACAAUUAAAAUUCUCACCCAAUGUCGGCCAUCUCCAUCCAUCAUCGACGAAAGAUAUGACCAUCACAUUCAAAAGUGACCAGCCCAAAACCUUAACCGAGGAAAAGGUUAACUGCAAGGUGAUGAAGAUCACAUUUGAGAAACCAGACAAAGUGGCAGAUUGGGACGAUAGGAUCAGGACAGUUAAAUGGGUGGAUGUUCCUACGUCUCCUCAACCCUCCAGUGUCAAUGACGGAGGUAACAAGGCCCCACUGUCGUCACGACCUGCCAAGAAAAAGGUGAUUGAGACAGAGCCAGAACCAGUGUUCACGGAGGUUCCCGAUACCAGCCGCAACGUUGACCUUCUUGUUACAGCAUUGUGUGACUUCAGUAAAUACAAGUGCAAGAUAGAGGCUGUAAACUUCAGAGACACUCUAAUGUUCCAGACAAGGAUUUACGAUUUUACCCUGAGUAACAAGGGUACUGUUCAGAUGGAUUACAGCUGGCAAGUAGUGAUGGAGAACAUGCCUGCCUUCCAACGGGCUGUAACAUUCAUGUCUGAGGCCGAGCGACCAGAGUCACGCAUGGAUCUGGCUGACAGCAGUUAUGUCCCAUUUACCAUAGAACCUGAAUACGGAACCAUACAGGCUGGAAAGAAAGCUAGUUUCAAAGUCAGAUUCUCACCUCUAGAUAUGAAUGAAUAUGAUGCCAGACUUAUCUGCUCUAUCCCAAACCUAGAGAAGACACAACAGGGACCAGUAGUGGGACUCCGGGGCAAAAGUCUGAUGCCCUACUGUCACUUUGAACUGGAGGACUCUGACUAUAUCUCCAGCUCUAGGCGUAACCCUGAAAUGAGAGGACCAGGAGGGGCUCCAGCAGGCUCCACCCUUGAUCCUAACACACGGGUCAUAGAGUUCAACUGUAUUGGAGUUGGUGUGAAGAGCAUUAAAAACUUUGCUAUCGUGAACCCCACCAACCAACCCUACAGUUUUGAGUGGUCUUGUGAAGACGAUGCUGAUCCCAAGAAACCUGCAUCCUUCAACUGUGUUGUACCUAAAGGUCUCAUCAAAAGUGGAAAGAAGUUUCAGGUUUCAUUUGAAUAUAUCUCCCACCAAGUGGACAUAGUGGAAUCAUUUUGGAAGUUCCACAUCCCGGAACAGGACAUCAGUGUUCCAUUCUUGUUGGUGGGAAAAGCAAGAGAACCGGACAUCUCCAUGGAUCGCUCUCACAUGAACUUUAAAGCUCUCCUCAUAGGUCACCAAGCUGUAGAAAGGGUGUAUCUCAUUAACCAGGAGGAUCAACCAUUUCACUUCAACUUUGAGGAAGAUUCUUGUCAUUCAGCCGGAUACUCAGACCACCUUCAUGUUGAACCAAUGUCUGGCAACAUUCCUGCCAAGUCAAGGUUGGCUGUGGAUCUAUACUUCACUCCCACCACAGACAAAGAGGUCAAUUUCAACGUUGUUUGUAAGAUCAAGAAAAAGAUAUUACCUGUGACACUGAAUGUUAAGGCUGAGGGAUACUCCAUGAACUGCACUCUUACGUGUGAGGACUCGCAGGGUAACAAGCAGGAGUUCUUCCAGGACAGUCGUAACAUCAUCAAGUUUGGUGAGGUUGAAGUGAAUGAACAACAGAUCAGGAACAUCUUUGUUAUGAAUUCGGGAAAAUUCAACUUUGACUUCCAGUGGGAACUCAACACGGGCAGCAAGAAGCGGGACAUGGUGUCAAUAUCACCCAUGUCUGGAGGCGUGGCACAUGGCGAGGAGCAGAAAUGUACGCUACUGUUUUGUCCUCCGUGUAAAACUACUCUGAAGGAUUGUUCCCUUACACUGCGGGUGUCAAAUGGCCCCAGCUACCAUGUGGCACUGGAAGGACUAGGCGUUACCCCUGGACUCCAUUUCUCAUUCCAGACUUGUAACUUUGGUAGUUGUUUUAUUUACCGUGCAGGAAUGCCUGCCCAUCAUAAGGUCCUCAAGCUCACAAACAAGGAUAAGAAAGAAAUUAGCGUGGACUGCCUCUAUACCCAAACCAACCAUCUCCAUCACAACUUUGAGGCAUGUGUAAUCCAGCCUGGCCAGUCUGUUGAUGUAACCAUCACAUUCUACCCAAGACAGGCAAUCAAGUACAACGAGACCAUGACCUUUGAAAUAAACGGCUUGUCCAAACACUCGAUACAAGUCAUGGGAAGUGGAACAGAGAUGAAGAUUGAAGUCGCUGAUCAAAGACACAAAAUCUUGAACUUGGGUCCACGAGUUGUGAACGAUCUAGUCAAGAAAUAUAUUCCUAUAGUAAACAACAGUCCAGCCCCAAUAACCUUCAAUUUGGCCCUAACUCCAGUGUCAGUAGCCCUGCAGAAACCUGGGGUCAUCUCCAUCUCUCCCACCAACACUAUUACACUGGAGCCCAAGGGAGGCACCAUCAAGGUUGAGGUGAUAUUUGCACCCAAGUGCAGGAUUCCUCAGUUUACUGAGGAAGUAAUGCUGGAGUGUGCUGGAUUGUACCAGCCUCUAUUUGUACUACAAGGCUCCUGUCUAGGCAUGGAAAUCACUUUAGACACAUAUGCCAUUCCAUUCGGUGCUGUUGUCAAGGACAGUCAGAGUACACGAAAACUUGUGAUGAGUAACACGGGUGAUAUGAAUACUAGGUUUAAGUGGGAUGUGAAGAAAUUUCAACCAGAUUUCUCCAUUACUCCAGCUGAGGGUUACAUAACAUCAGGAAUGGAUGUAACAUUUGAGGUGACAUUCCAUCCAAAAGAACUUAAUCAGGAUAUCAGAUAUGAUAGUUUACGAUGCAUGUUCCCGGAGUCAAGUCCACACAAACCAGUGACCUUGACCCUGACUGGAAUGUGUGUCAGUCUUCCGGCUCCAAAGGAGACUCAGCACCUGUCUACACAUGUGAGACAGGCUGAGACAAAGUUUCUGUCCAUUCCCAACAAAACCAACAUGACAUGGGUUCUAAAACCUAUUAUUGAUGGAGAGUAUUGGUCAGGGCCGGUCACCUUCACUGUGGAGGCAGGUCAGACAAAACAGUUCCCCCUGACAUAUCGCCCACUAACUAUGACACCUGAGGGCAAGAAACACCAGGGAACUAUUUUUUUCCCAAUGCCAGAUGGUCAAGGUUUACUGUUCAAUAUGAUGGGUGUGUCUGAACCUCCGAAGCCCAAUGGUAAACCUCACUUUGAUGUUCCAUGUAAGGUAGCCCACACAGAACUCCUCAAUGUGGACAAUUGGCUCAAACGACCUCAGAGAUUUGCUGUCCUAAGAGAAACCAUCAAGGCAGACAAACUCGACACAGGCACAUCAGUUAAGGGUAUGGAGUAUAUUGAUGUUCCUGCCAGCGGUAAAAAGGACUACAAACUGACCUUUUAUGCUCACAAGGAGGGUACUACAAUGCUGAAGGUCACCUUUAUCAAUGAGAAGACCCAGGAAUACCAGUUCUAUGAAGUGACCUUCCGUGCCACAAAGCAGGGGACUGUGGGAUCAAUAGAUUUGUCAACCCCUGUCAGGCAGAGUGUGCUUCACACUAUUUCUAUAGAGAACCCACUGGCAUAUGCUGUAUCUUUCAACGGAACUUGUACUGUUCCUGAAAUUCUCAUGCCACCUCAGUUCAAUGUGCCAGCCAACUCCACGGGUGAAGUCAGCAUUGAGUACCAGCCUCUUAAGGUCGGUGAUUUCCAGGGAAAAAUUGAGUACGUAUGUACUGACCUUGGCAGCUACACAUACGACCUCAACUUGAAAGCCACUGCUGCUGGCCCUGAGAAAGCACUUUAUUUUAGGACAUGUCUGGGCCAGGCACAGUCACACAUUGCCAAAUUCCUCAACUUUGCAAAACAGGCCAAAGCAGACUAUACAUGCAAGACGGAUAAUUCUGAUUUCCACGUAGAGAAAUCUGUGGCUGCAGCUCCUGGUUCCACUGGUGGCACUGAGGUCAAUCUAGAGGUGACAUUUGAGCCUUCACGACUAGGUGAACAAAGGGCGACAUUGACAGUGAGCUCUGUACAGGGAGGGGAAUACCUUUUCCCUCUGUUUGGAACAUGUAUUGUACCUAAACCACAAGGACCUUACAUCAUCAAAGCUGGUGGUACCACACAUAUCUCCUUCCGUAAUGUGUUUUCAAGUACAACACCAUUUAUGUUCCAAGUUGACAAUCCGUUAUUCCAUCUAACGAAACAAAGUGAAAGUGUACGAUCCCGUAAAGAACACCGUAUUGUAGUGGGCUUCGACGGUAAUGAUAGUGGUUCUAAAGCCGUGGUAAUGGGUAAACUUGUUGUGUCUUGUGCCCGAUCGGCUGGAGGUAGCUCUAAUGCCCAGUGGGUGUAUUACCUCCGCGGCGUCACAGCAUAAGUGUGCAGAGAGACAUUCUGUUUAUAUUUGACCUUAUAAAGGUAUACUCAUCACAUCUGUGACAUUAUUCAGCAUAGAAAAUGAAUUAAAGUGUAUAACUUAUGUUUGAUUAAAUUCUUAUGGAGAGGAGACAGCUUCCGGAUAAAAUGAUUGAUUGAUACGCCAAAAGAACUGGUUGUUUCU